AUGUCCUUCAACUACAAGCGCGUCCUGCUCGUCGGGGCCACCGCCGGCAUAGGGGCGGCCAUGGCCGACAAGCUCAUCCUUGAGGGCAUCAAGGUCAUCGCCGUUGGGCGUCGCCAGGAGAGACUGGAUGAAUUUACAGGGCUGGCCUUGAUGCGUUCGUUGAAGGGCGUGCAGAGACCGUUCCAGCUCUCGCGGCCGGCUCAGGUUGACCUGGACUCCUUCCACGACGAGAUGGACAUCAACUUUUCGCGGCACGUGGACCUCUCGAUCAAGUUCCUCCCGCACCUGCUCCAGAAGCCGUUCCCCACCGCGCUCAUCUUCACCGGCUCGCUGCUGGCUGCCGUCCCCGCCGUCAUGGUGCCGGCCUACUCGGCUUCCAAGGCCGCCCUGACCGCCUAUGUCUCCUGCCUGCGCCGCCAGCACCCCAAGUCUAGCACCAAGAUCAUCGAGGUCUGGCCGCCGCUUGUUCAGAGUAAGCCUUCCCCGUUCCUCAACCUCUCUCAGCUUCUCAAUACCCCCUCCCUCCCCCUCGCCAACAAUAUCAACCGACUAACAACCCCGCCAGGCGAGUUACACGACUACAUGGGCAAAGAGGCGCGCGAGAUGGGGAUACCCGUGGACGUGUUCACGGAACAGGCGUGGGUGCAGCUCGCGGCGGGAUCCGAGCUGGUCAUGGUGGGGGAGCUGGGAGCUGGGGAGGGGUAUGAGGAGAUGAUGAGGCUGCGCAACGGACUGUUCGACGCCCUGUCGGAUCGGAUGAUGACGCGCUUUGAGCUGUGA